GGGCGAUGACGUAAACAUAAGAGGACACAGUGCGGGCCGUGGUGUGAGAUGCUCUCAGUGAUUAUUAGUCCCGGUCGAGGCCGCAUCAGGUGCCGGCCCGUGGUUCGGGGAGAUGAGCGCCCCCGCGGUUCGGGAUGCGCAGUGCGCUUCGCAGCUGACUGAGGAUGCUGCAGAGUAAACAAGACGAGCACGCAGCACGGUGUCCAGUGUGUGUUUUGCUUCCGAUCCGAAAUGAGCACGAUGAUGACCCCUGGAUGGGGUUUUGAGGAGGGACCUGGUUCCACUGCGCAACGACUUCAUUUCCGCAGCGGAGAAUCUGCCUUUUUUUUCUGUCCACAUUGCCAAUUCUAACUAAGCAGUCGGCAAAACGUAUCGCUGGAUCACACCACGUGGACUUUCUCUGUGGAGGAAGUAUCGACACCUUUUUGAAAUCGGUAAACAAAAUGAGUAGCCGGGACACAUCGGACGGCACCACUGCGUCCGGGAGCACGACCUCCCCGCUGCGGCCGCCGAGCGACCGCGUCCCCUGCAACAAGACCGGCGUGUGCUCCCGCUCCUACUUCGUGGUGGUGAUGGUGUUUUUUCACGUGUACAUCAUUAACGUCAUAGCGCUGCUGUUUUACGUGCACUACAACAACGGGCAGGAAGAUGCCAGCCUUGAUGCUCCGAGCAGAAACCCCCAGCGCACCGAGGCGAGACCUCCGCCAUCGAAGCCCGCGCCUCUGCGCGAUGUUUCCCUCACAAGGAUCGAGGGGAUAAGGGUGGGACACGUCCAGAAGGUGUCACUGGUGCCAAGCAAAGUGCAUGAAAUGAGGACUCUGAGUCUCAAACCACUGCUGUUUGAGAUCCCUGGGUUUUUGUCCGAGGAUGAGUGCCGUGUGGUAAUGCAACUUGCUCAGCUAAAGGGCCUAAUGGAGAGUCAGCUGAUGGUGCAAGAAGGCCAGGAGGAGCUGGCCAAGGAGCUCAACCUCAGCCCAGAGGAGAUCUUCAACCUCCUUGAUAUCAACCAGGAUGGACAGUUACAGCUCCACGAGAUACUGACUCAUUCCCGAGUGAGGGACGGGAUCUGGCUCACACCGGAGAAUCUGAGAGAAAUCUAUGCUGGGCUCAAAGCUGACAAGGAUGGUAAUGAUUUGCUGAGUCUAGAAGAGUUUAAGCUUCUGAGCAAUGAUGCCUUCCAGCGCUUCUUGCUGCAGCGAGGGCUGAAGAGGAGUCAGCUGGUGAGGAACAGCAAGCACACCUGGCUGUAUCAGGGCAAAGGAGCACAUCAGGUCCUCCAAGACAUCAAGGCGAGAGUGACUCGUCUCACUCGGCUCCCGCCCGCACUGGUGGACCUCAGUGAGCCCCUCCAGGUGGUCCGCUAUGAGGAGGGAGGACACUACCACGGCCACCACGACAGCGGCCCUGUGUACCCUGAAACCGCAUGCACGCACACGCGCCUCGCGGCCAACACCUCCGCUCCGUUUGAGACGUCUUGCAGGUACAUCACAGUUCUCUUCUACCUGAACUCUGUCGAGGGGGGAGGGGAGACCGCGUUCCCUGUGGCAGACAACAGGACCUAUGAUGAAGUGUCUCUCAUACAGAAUAACGUUGAUCUUUUGGACACCAGAAGGAAUUGUGACAAGAGCAACCUGAAGGUGAAGCCCAGCAAAGGGACAGCUGUUUUCUGGUACAACUACCUUUCUGAUGGAAAAGGUUGGGUGGGAGAGCAGGAUGAAUACGCCCUGCAUGGAGGCUGUGUGGUCACUCGUGGCACUAAGUGGGUCGCAAAUAAAUGGAUAAACAUUGAUCCAGAUUACCAGCGCCAGGCUCGCUAUCAGCAGCUGGUUUCACAGCAAGCAGAGGAUGAAGAUGACGAAGGUUUUCCUUUGAACCCGGACCAACAUGCUUCUGAUACCCAUCAAGAAUUGUAGCUUGUAAACCAGAUUUACACACAAAAUAACUACCUAGUCUUCCUCAGUUGUAUGCACGACUUCAUAGAGCAAGAUCCUUUAUGUCAGGAUUUCAGAGACAAGAUUUAUUCAGGGAAUGAGGUCAGAUUGAGUUUAUGCAACUGUAAAGAAAUGACUUAGAUAUUGUUAUCUAAAGAUGCACCAAUACAGAUUUCUGUCUGAUACUGACUCAAAUACCUGGAUCAUCAUCAUUUUAGUUCAUUAAUAUGUUUGUAUUUAUUU